UUAUAAUUUGUCUAACUCAGGUCGAGCGCGACCUCGACGCCGUCCUUCGAGCUGACGGCGGGCGCGGGCGACGCUGGUGCGCCGCCUUGCGCGGAGGCGGCCGGGGCGAUGCUCACCGUGCCGUCCCAGGCGCACCACCAAUCGCAGCACACCUCGCGCAAGAGGAAGAACCAGUAUUCGGAGGGCUACGAGAUGCCCAGCUGUGACGUCCCCUUGUCCGCACCCCCUGGACACCUGCCACAACCGGAUAGUGCUACUAGGAAGAGGAAGGUUUCGUCAUAUGGAACUACAAGUAGUACAUAUGAAGAUGACGGCAACGAAGACUCGCGCUCUAGCCGCUCGAUGCCUGAUAAAAAACAGAACCACAGCGAAAUCGAGAAAAGGCGACGGGAUAAAAUGAACACCUACAUAUCAGAGUUGAGCGCAAUGGUACCGAUGUGUGGGGCCAUGGCCCGUAAAUUGGACAAGCUGACGGUACUCCGAAUGGCUGUUCAGCAUUUGAGAUCAGUCCGCGGGGCGCUUUCAGCUGGACCGCUGACUGUUAGACCUCGACCCGCUUUCUUAUCCGAGCGAGAGUUGAAUGCCUUAGUACUUCAAGCGGCUAAGGAUUGCUUCCUGAUGGUCGUUGGCUGUGAUCGCGGGAGGCUCAUGUACGUCAGUGCUUCGGUGACCAAACUGUUGCACUACGAUCAAUCCGAGCUCCUGGGUCAGAGCCUCUUUGAUAUUCUUCACCCGAAAGACGUCGCUAAGGUGAAGGAACAACUAUCUUCAUCAGACCUCAGUCCUAGGGAAAGACUGAUUGACGCCAAAACCAUGUUACCUGUAAAAGCCGACGUGGUCGCCGGUGCCUCGAAAUUAUGCCCUGGUGCGCGUCGGUCCUUCUUCUGUCGUAUAAAAUGUCGUAUGAACAACGAUAUAAACAAUCAACCAACAAAUACAACGACGUCGCCUUCUUCAACCCACCAACAACCGGGGCAACCGAACCAGGUUAAGGAAGAAAGUGACGCAAACGCAAAACUGAGGAAGAAACAGGCACAUGAGAAAAAAUAUUGCGUUGUACAGUGCACAGGUUAUCUCAAAUCCUGGGCACCGGCAGAAAUCUCUGAGGCAGGUAAUAAUGGAUCAGAUUGUAGUCCAGACGAUGGGGAGGCUUGUAACCUGUCCUGCCUCGUUGCGGUCGGAAGAGCCUUGACCGACUUGACACCGCAAACUCCACCAGCUCCGUACACGAGAUACUUACAGUACAUAUCAAGACACGCGACCGAUGGGAAGUUUCUGUUCGUUGAUCAGAGGGUAACCUUAGCUCUGGGCUUCUUACCCCAAGAGUUAUUAGGCACAAGUCUUUACGAGUACAUAAGUCCAGCGGAACUGGGCGUAGUAGCUCGGACACACAAAGCCGCUCUGUUGAAACGCGACGCACUUCGAACUCCGCCAUAUUGUUUCCGCCGGAAGGACGGCACUUACGCCCGUAUCCAAACUCAUUUUAAGCCCUUCCGGAACCCUUGGACAAAGGACGUGGAGUGCCUGGUAGCUAACAAUACCGUAGUGAUAGACGAACAAGCGCAACCACCGCUUGAGGAUUGUAGUGAAUUCGACAUAUACAAACAAAAGGCCGAUGUUGAAAUGCAGAGGUUGAUCGAUUCUCAAAUCGAAUCCCAUAAAAUCGGAUCGACUAUAGCGGAGGAGGCAUUGAGGAGGUCAUCUACGGAGUUUUCUCCAGAUCUUCCAACUGAUCUUUUGCAGGAUGCUGUUUUCAAUCAACAGGCGUCACUAGUCGAUAAUUUCCUGAGCGGGGACAUUUCUAACUACAACAAUGAAGUCCGGAAUAACGUACCGCUUAGUUCGGCGGGUGGCGAAGGUUCUCCGAUACCAGAAGUUAACGGCUUAAACUCUAACACUCCACCGUCUACCUCCCCCCCACUUCCACCUCUUGGACUUGAUGGUAAUGGAGAGGCGGCCAUGGCCGUAAUAAUGAGUCUUCUAGAGGCCGAUGCCGGUCUAGGCGGUCCAGUAAAUUUUUCUGGCCUACCCUGGCCUUUACCUUGAACGAUCCGCCCUACUGAUAUCAAUUCUCACCAUUGACAAUGAUAAAAAAGUUUUGUAACCAAAUAUUUUAAAGGAGGUCUUAACAUAUAAAAGAAGCUUUCUUUUUCUUUUGAAGGU